GCCUCCUCGUCACUGCUGUGAGUGGGCAGCAGAAGUCGGAAACACAAGUUCGAGCGCAUCGUUUAUGAACCGUUAGUCGAACACCGUUACUCUGCUACCGAGCCAAAGCAAGGUAGCCAGACAGGAGAAAAAGAAAACAUGGCGAAAACGUACGAUUAUCUGUUCAAACUGCUGCUCAUCGGAGACAGCGGAGUGGGCAAGACGUGUCUGCUGUUUCGGUUCAGUGAGGACGCGUUCAACACCACCUUCAUCUCCACUAUAGGGAUUGACUUUAAAAUCAGAACAAUCGAGCUGGAUGGGAAGAAGAUCAAGCUUCAGAUCUGGGAUACAGCCGGACAGGAGAGGUUCAGGACCAUCACCACAGCGUAUUAUAGAGGAGCAAUGGGAAUUAUGCUGGUGUACGAUAUCACAAAUGAGAAAUCGUUUGACAACAUCAAGAACUGGAUCAGGAACAUUGAAGAGCAUGCUUCAUCAGAUGUGGAACGGAUGAUAUUGGGGAACAAAUGUGACAUGAAUGAUAAGAGGCAAGUUUCAAAAGAAAGAGGGGAAAAGCUAGCUAUUGAUUAUGGAAUCAAGUUCUUGGAAACCAGUGCAAAAUCUAGCACAAAUGUUGAAGAGGCCUUUGUCACUCUUGCUAGAGACAUCAUGACCAGAUUAAACAGAAAAAUGAAUGAGAAUAACCCUUCGGGAGGAGGAGGAGCAGUGAAAAUCACAGAGAGUCGAUCCAAGAAGCCGAGCUUCUUCCGUUGCACUCUGCUCUAACCCUGCAACUUCUGCAGCCUCAGUGUGUGAAUGAUUUUAUCUCUCUAUGUGUGUUUGGCGUGCGCGCGAGUGUUUGUGUGAGGGUUUACAGUACCACUGGACUUUCAGCUGUUAGCUGCUGCUGAGAGCUCUGGACUUUAGCCUGCCUCAUCUAUACUUACUGAAGGCCUGAAGAGAGUGUGCUAGAUAAAGACUAUUGCGCUGUUCCCAAAAUGUUCCUUUUAAGCCAAAAUAUCCACCUACCUACCCCUUAACCCCCUGGAUCAGUCCCAAUUUAGUGUAGCCUAAUUUGAAUUGUGAGAUCAUUUUUUUAUCUUUAAAAUAAUUAAUUCCAUAUAGUGAAUUUAUAGUCACUUUGAUUUGAAAUGGUUUAUUAAAGCACCAUUAAAUGAAGGAAAUAGUAUAUCGAGUAUAUCUAAUGCCUGCUAUUAUGCAGUUUUUUUUGCAAUAAAGAUUGUGUACCUGAA